AUGCAGAAAAGUACAAAAUCAUCUUUAACUGGACAAGGUGAAUCGUCAUCAUUAGUGCAUACAUUACUUAUUAAUGAACAAAAAAAAGAUAUAUCUGCUAAGAAUUUUAUUCAAUCAUGUUCUUAUCGUAUUGAAAAUAUUGAUCGUAAUACUAUUAUUAAACGUCAAGACAUGGAAGGUUGUUUAAAACGUUUAUCGACUAGAGAUGAUGUUCAUGGUGUAAUUGUAGCAACUAUGGAUGGUCGCAUUCUUUACGAAUGUGAUACUUUAAAAAAUUGGGUUUCUGUUUUGGCACCUUUAUGUUUAUUUGCUCGUCAUCUUGUUCGUAAUAAUGAUCCAAAUGAUAAUAUUCAAGCACUUCGUUUACGAACAAAAAAUUAUGAACUAAUAAUAACAAUUCAUAAUGAACAAUUAUUAAUUGUCAUGCAAAUGUUAUCGACUAAUAACAACAAAACUGUUAAUAGUAAUAAUAAUAUAAUAGAAGAAGAUUGGGAUGCAUUUUUAAAGAGAAUCCAACAAAAGAAGAUGGAAAAUGAAUAG